GAAAGUUGAAUGAAGAGCAAGAAAUGACAAAUAGCAAUCAACUCCACUGUUUUGACAAAUGCAGUCAUCGCCGUCUCUUCUGAAUUCCUCUUUUUUUUUUUUCUUUCAUUCACCAUUUCUCAGGUAAAAAUAAAGUCUCUAUCUUUCUCACCAUCUCUUUAUGUGUGAAAACUGAAAAUUGAGGGAUGUAUGGGAAGCAGAAGAAGUUAAGGCCUCGACUUGACCGGACAAAUGCCCUAAAAAACGUUGAUUACGACGCUUCACAGUCGGUUCCGUCUUCGCCGUCGACGUUAAGAGAUCAACCUGCUCACCGGACUAGGUCGCUUGACCUUUAUCCUGUACCUGACCGUACAAGUUUCAGAAUCGACGGUGCUGCUGGUGAAUUCGACACUAUUUGCCGCUCGCUAGGGCUUUCUCCUGAAGACUUUGCGAUUCCGGUGGCUGCGUGGGAAGCUAGAAAACAUUGCUCUCGUUCUGACAGAUUGCGCAGCACCAGGUUUUCGGAUGACCGCCGUGACUCUGAUAUUAAGCUUGAGGACGCGAAUGAACUGUCUGAUAGUGUUACAACUGCUGUUAGGGUUACAGUUGACGCUGAAUCGAACAGCCGGUUAAAUAAUUUGCCUGAAAAUGUGAAUGAGGUGACGAUUAGUGAAUCGGAUGUAGAGACGGAAUGCUCUCACUCUGACUGUUUUGGCUCUGAGGAUGAGCUUGAGACUGCUGAUGAGGUUAGAAAUGGUGGUAGGGGUAUUGUUGGCGGUAAAUUGAAGCACUUAUUAUAUUCAUCACCUGAGAAUUUGAUUAAGGUUAGGGUUAGUGAAUCAGUGGAUGAUAAUUUGCCAACGGAUGUGAAAUGUGGAAUUAAGGGUUUCAGACCACCAAGGCUGGCUCCUCCAGCGACAGAUGUGGACGAUUUCACAUCUGCUUGGGAUUUUAUCAAAAGUUUUGGUCCUGCCGAUGAUGAAGAUAUGGUUUCACCGUUACAUGAUGAGAGCACUUCUGAUGACAUACUUGUGAACGAGCAAGUAGAAGAGAUUGCUAAGAACGAAGAGCGUAGUGAAGAUUUUGUAAGAAAUGCUUCACAAGUAUCAGAAUCUUCUUCGGAAAUGUCCACUGAUAAGGAUAACAACUCCUCAGUCUUGAGGGCAGAAAAUGAUGGAGCCUGUGAAAAGCCACUCGAGCAGGCUGUAAUAGAUGCUGCUGAAAGUUCUAAGUCACCUUGUGAUGAUUCUUACAGCCUGAUAUCAAAGACAAGCUCCAAUUCACCCACCGGUGAAUCCAGUGACGUUAUCUCGGAGAUGAGCUCUAAGUCACAGAGUAAUGAUUCAUAUGCAUUGAUUUCAAAUCCUUUACCUUCUGUUUCUCCAAAUGGUUCCCCCAGUAUAAAAUCUUGGCAGAAGGGCGACUUUCUUGGGAGUGGAUCAUUUGGGACAGUGUAUGAAGGCUUUACCGAUGAUGGAUUCUUUUUUGCCGUCAAAGAAGUUUCGUUGAUUGACCCAGGAAACCAACAAAGCCUUCUUCAACUUGAACAGGAGAUUUCUCUUCUAAGUCGUUUUCGACAUAGAAACAUAGUUCGCUAUCAUGGCACAAACAAGGACGAGAGCAAACUGUAUAUCUUUCUUGAGCUUGUUACAAAAGGUUCACUUGCUAGUGUUUAUCGCAAGUAUCGCUUGCGUGAUUCCCAUGUUUCAGAUUACACCAGGCAAAUCUUGAGUGGGUUGCAUUAUCUUCAUUCCAGAGAAGUGAUGCACAGGGACAUUAAGUGUGCCAAUAUAUUGGUGGAUGCUAAUGGUUCAGUGAAGCUUGCAGAUUUUGGACUGGCAAAGGCAACGCAAAUGAAUAACAUCAAGUCUUGCAAAGGAACUGCAUUCUGGAUGGCCCCAGAGGUUGUUAAUAGGAAGAGCAACGGAUAUGGUACUCCUGCUGAUAUAUGGAGUUUGGGUUGCACUGUCUUAGAGAUGUUAACUGGACAAAUUCCUUAUUCUCACUUGGAAGGGGGAUUCGAACCUGAGGCGUGCAGCAUAAUAAUCAGUGGUCUUACCAUCAAGCCAUCUAUUUAUAUUUGUUAUCGAGGGGGUUCAAAAUAUAUGCAUCUACAGAAAUACAAAAAAUUUACCUUAUAUAUCGUGUAUUUUUUGCCGAGGGUGUUCGGGUGAACACCCUGGACCCAACGUGGGCCCGCCGUUGUCUGCAAGUACUCAUCGGAUGCUUCGAGGACCGUGCAAGUCAGGGAUCAAUUUCAAAUGAGAUGCUUGUAUAGGGAAUUGGUUUGUGUUGCAUCUAAGAAGUCUGUCAACUGAAAAUUGCAAAUACUUGGAGGUGAGUGGUCAUGGGUAAGUUGUAAGUAAGAUUGAACAACAAAGUUCACACAUUGCACUUGUGCCUGGUUGUGCUCUGUCUAUCCAAGAUAAAAAGUAAAUUGUUAGUGAAAAUAUCAUUAUAUUAUAAAGAAAAUUGUAUAUACUAGAUAAAUGGUAUUGCUUGGUACACAAAGGACAAUGAUUGCACAGUUGGAAAUGCUUCUUUUGCUGUUUUCCCCUGUUUUGUUAAAUGUGUAAACAUGUGAUGUACUGUUAAAAUUCAUAGUUGACCUUAUGUGAUGGAAGAUGAAGUACCUGUGUUUGCCAAGA